GAUUUCUGCGCCAUGAGUUCGACAAUAUGUCGUGUUUGCCUGAUGAACAACGAAACAAUGGUUAAUAUUUUCGACGCAAAACACGAAUCUGGGAUUUCCAUUGCGAAUGUGAUAUCGAAGUGCACCGGCUACAAAGUUGAACUAGAAGAUCGACUUCCCAAAAACAUUUGCGAAUCAUGCCUGCAGGAUGCGCAGAACGCAUUCGAUAUUAUAGACACUUACGAGAGGAGCCACCAAAUCUUCAGCUUUUUCAUAGAUGUACGAAAAGUGAAACGGGAAAGUCCUCAUUCCAAUUGCUCCAAGGAAGGGACAAUCGAGAAAGAGGAAUCACAUGGAGAAAAUGGAAAAGCUUUAAAAGGAGCUGAAGACGAGAUAGAGAGGAGCCACCAAGUCUUCAGCUUUCUCAAAGAUGUACGUGAAGAGAACCAGGAUAGUACUGAUUUCAAUUGCUCCGAGGAAGGGACAACCGAAAAAGAGGAAUCACCUGGAGGAAAUAAAAAAAUGGAAAAUGGAAAAGGGGAAGGUAAUGAUAACGACGAUGGCAACUCCAAAAACGUCGAUGAUCAUCGUCUUAAUUGUCCUCAAUGUGCGAAAAAUAUCCACAAACGAAGCCUCAAACGACACUUGCGAACCCACAUAGAAGAUAGACCUCAUAAGUGUUCCCACUGCUCAAAAUCAUACACCAGCCAUCCCCAACUUAAGCUACACUUGAAAACGCACUCAGGAGAACGAGCAUUUAAGUGUUCCGUAUGCUCAAAAACUUUUAACCAGAAGUCUCAUCUUGGGCCGCACUUGCGAAUCCAUACAGGAGAACGACCAUACAAAUGUUCUAUCUGCUCAAAUUCAUUCAGUCAGAACGCAACUAUGUUGAGCCACAUGCGAACCCACUCUGAAGAACGACCCUUUGGGUGUUCCCAGUGCCCAAAAACAUUCAGACAAAAAGCUGGUCUUCGAGGUCACAUGAUAACCCACAGCCAAGAACGACCGUAUAGCUGUUCCCACUGCUUUACAACAUCUCGCACAAAAUCAAAUCUUAAGAAACACAUGCUAACGCACACAAGAGAACGACCUUUUAAGUGAUAUCAAUGCUCACGAGCUUUCAAUUUAAAUAUUACAUUGUGCGUGACUCUGAAGUGCACUCAGAAGAAUGACCUCAAGUGUGAUUCCACUGCUGAACAUUUUUUAAUAUUCGUUUAAAUCUUCAGGUGCACUUUCAAAAAUUUUUAUCUGAAAUCCAUUUUCCAAGAGACACUUGCUAACAGCACCUAGAAAGCAAAUAAGGGAGCGUUUUGUGAAAUCUUUUAGUAAAAAAUCAAGUCCUUCUGCAGGUAAAUGAAUAUAUGAGCCAUGGGACUCAAGGACUUUUCAUGUCUUAACCGGCGUUUGUUAACCAGCGCACAGGAAUAAUAUAAUUUAAAACAAGCCCACAACGGAUAAAAUAAUCAAACUUCUUAUAAUUAGACCAUGUUUAAUAGAGAUUUGUAUUAAUAAAGCAUCAGAUCAUAAAUAUAAGCAAAAUUAUUUAA